GGAGUUAUGAUAUUGAGUAUUACUGAGGCCAGGUCUUCAAUAACUUGGUCUUACUACACCUGAGUAUUUUCAGUUUUUCCGCAACCGCUUAAUCAGCCGUAUCAAAUUUACUUUUUUUUUGAAUUUUUUUUCACUUUUGUCUCUCGGUUCAUUUUUUAUCCGUUACUAACCAGAUUAUUUGAGUGAAAAGUGCCGGUUUUAUUUAUUAUUAUUAUUUUUUUUUUAUUUUAUUUUAUUUUACAAUAAAUAAUUACAUUAUUAUUUGAAUAUUACUGCAGUGAUAUGAAUUUGUGCUAAUUAUUUUUAAAAAUCGUUCUAUUGUUGGCUAAUGAAAAGAAUGUGGUUUAAACGAGUACUUAUUGUUUCGUUGUUCAUAUUCCAAGUGACAUCUUCAGAAGAAACUAAAAAUGAGGAGACUCCCACAACGAUUCAUGAUAUGAUACCUGGUGUUGUAUCUUUAGAGGAAGAAUACAAUGUAACUCAUCUUAAUGAUUUGUUAAAUCCUGCGGAAAAUGUGUCGCCCGAAAGUUUGGCAUCAUCGUCUGUAAAUGACAGUAAUAGUAGUAUUAAUGACAAUUCAACUGUACUGAAUACUACAGAAUCUUCUAACUUAACAGAAACUAAUGCUGAAGGAUUAAACGAAACAUCACCAGUUAAUGCAACAAACGACGACACAACAUUAGCAAUCAAUGCAACGAAUGAAAAUAUGACGACACCAGUAAAUGCAACUGCACCGGUAAUAUUAGUAAAUGCAUCGGAUGGGAAUUUAGAAACAGAAAUCGGCAACGCAACAGAAUUUUCGAAUGGAACAAGCGACGAUUCGACAGCUUUAUCAAAUCUAAUAAACUCUACAAGUCUUGAUAACGAAACUGCACUAAAUUCUAUGCCAGAGACUCCUGAUGACAGCUCGAUAAAUAGUACUAGCAGCAGUAAUUCAUCGACUUCAGCAUUUUCUACAUCUGAAGCUAAUUCAACAACAGGAAAUUCGAGUACAAACGCUAAUUCAACAGACGAAAAUAUGAAUCAUCCUCUUGAUUCAAUAUCAGAGCCAACCUCUUCUGAUGUUAUUCCAACAAUCGACCAUACAGAUCUGAAUAAUGGCUCAAUGGUGGGGAAUACAACUCUUAUGUCAAAUUUAACAGAAGACAAUGCGACUUCAGCUGAUACUCCAAAGGCAGAAAAUACAACUUCUGAUGCAAAUUCAACGGACAAUAAUGCAACACUUGCAGAAACUUCAACGGAAGUAAAUACAACUAUUGCCAAUAAUGUAACAUCAGAUAAUAUAACACAUCCAGAAAACUUAACAUUCGGAAAUGAAACUCUUAACGAAAACUCAACAGUAAAUGAUACGAUACUUCCAGGGGAAAACUCGACAGAACAAAAUAUGACACUUGCAGAAAAUUCACUAGAAGGAAACAAAACUCUUGCUGAAAAUUCAACAUUAGAUAAUAAAACGUCUGUUGCUAACUUAACGGAAAAUAAUGCAACAAUUGCCGAAAAUUCACCAGAAGGAAAUGGAACUCUUGCCGAAAACACAACAGCAGAUAAUACAACAUCUAUUACCAACUCAACGGAAAAUAAUGGAACAAUUGCGGAAAAUUCACUGGAAGGAAACGAAACUCUUGUCGGAAACCCAACAGUAGAUAAUACAACGUCUGUUGCCAACGCAACGGAAAAUAAUGCAACAAUUGCAGAAAAUUCAUCAGAAGAAAACGAAACCUUUGCCGAAAACCCAACAGUAGAUAAUACAACAGCUGUUGCCAACUCAACGGAAAAUAAUGCAACAAUAGCGGAAAAUUCACCAGAAGGAAACGAAACCCUUGCCGAAAACCCAACGGUAGAAAAUACAACUUCUGAUGCUAACUCAAAGGACAAUAAUGCAACACUUGCGGAAACUUCAACGGAAGUAAAUACAACUAUUGCCAAUAAUGUAACAUCAGAUAAUAUAACACAUCCAGAAAACUUAACAUUAGGAAAUGAAACUCUUAACGAAAACUCAACAAUAGAUAAUACAACACUUCCGGCGGAAAACUCAAUAGAAAAAAAUAUAAUACUUGCAGAAAAUUCACCAGAAGGAAACGAAACUCUGGCCGAGAAUUCAACAGUAGAUAAUACAACGUCUGUUGCUAACUCAACGGAAAAUAAUGCAACAAUCGCAGAAAACUCACCAGAAGAAAAUACAAUAGAAGGAAACAAAAGUCUUGCCGAAAACUCGACAGUAGAAAAUACAGCACUUCCGGAAAACUUAACAGACGAAAAUGCAACAUCUACGAAUUAUCCAACAUUUAAAAACAUCGAAAUUGCGGAAAAUGCAACAGAAGGGAAUACUACUACUGAUAAUCCAACAACAGACACUAUAAUAAAUGCGGAAAACGCAACAGGUGAAAAUGAAACUCUCCUUAAUGAUUUAAUGGUAGGAAAUAUAACUUCUGCUGAUAAUCCAGAAGAAGAAAAUAUAACUCUUUCCGAUGAUCCGACAGUAGAAAAUCCUAUACUUACAGUGGAAAACUCGACAGAGGAAAAUACAACAUUUGCUGAUAAUUUAACACUAAAUAAUAUAACACAUUCAAAAAAUUUAACAGAAGAAAAUGAAACUCUUGCGGAUAGCCCAGCAACAGAAAAUGCAACAGUUAUUGAUGAUUUAAUUGUUGGAAAUGCGACAUCUGCUGAUAACUCAACAGGAGACAAUGCAACUUCCGCUGAGAGUUUAGCAACUUCUAGUGCUAAUUCAACAGGAGACAAUGCAACUUCCGCUGAGAGUUCAGCAACUUCUAGUGCUAAUUCAACAGGAGACAAUGCAACUUCCGCUGAGAGUUCAGCAACUUCUAGUGCUAAUUCAACAGGAGACAACGCAACUUUCGCUGAGAGUUCAGCAACUUCUAGUGCUAAUUCAACAGGAGACAAUGCAACUUCCGCUGAGAGUUCAGCAACUUCUAGUGCUAAUUCAACAGGAGACAAUGCAACUUCCGCUGAGAGUUCAGCAACUUCUAGUGCUAAUUCAACAGGAGACAACGCAACUUCCGCUGAGAGUUCAGCAACUUCUAGUGCUAAUUCAACAGGAGACAAUGCAACUUCCGCUGAGAGUUCAACAACUUCUAGUGCUAAUUCAACAGGAGACAAUGCAACUUCCGCUGAGAGUUCAGCAACUUCUAGUGCUAAUUCAACAGGAGACAACGCAACUUCCGCUGAGAGUUCAGCAACUUCUAGUGCUAAUUCAACAGGAGACAAUGCAACUUCCGCUGAAAGUUCAACAACUUCUAGUGCUAAUUCAACAGGAGACAAUGCAACUUCCGCUGAGAGUUCAGCAACUUCUAGUGCUAAUUCAACAGGAGACAAUGCAACUUCCGCUGAGAGUUCAGCAACUUCUAGUGCUAAUUCAACAGGAGACAAUGCAACUUCCGCUGAGAGUUCAGCAACUUCUAGUGCUAAUUCAACAGGAGACAAUGCAACUUCCGCUGAGAGUUCAGCAACUUCUAGUGCUAAUUCAACAGGAGACAAUGCAACUUCCGCUGAGAGUUCAGCAACUUCUAGUGCUAAUUCAACAGGAGACAAUGCAACUUCCGCUGAGAGUUCAGCAACUUCUAGUGCUAAUUCAACAGCUAAUGUAACAGCAGAAAAUACAACUCUUACCGCUGAUUCAAUUAUAGAGCACAUAACCUCCAAAUCUAAUUUAACACUAAAAGAGACAGAUCACAUUACUGACUCGACCGAACAAACAAGUUCCAAACAAAUUGACCCCGCGACAACAAAAACUUCAAGUUCCAACGCAUCAACAUCAGCAGGAUCAAAAGUAAUGAACCAUGUAAACAUAUCCGCAUUUACAAUGCAAUUUUUCCAAUCACUUGCUGAUGAAUUAGCUGGUAUUAGCCUCUCUAAAAAUGAAACAGAUUCCCUUAGUGGAAAUGCCACAGCAUCAAAUUCUACUGCUCUUGAUAACAAAACAAUUUCUGACAACUCUACAGCUGCAAACAUUACUUUAGAUACUAACAGUACAACCGUAAAACCAGAUUCAAACUCAACUGAAACCACUACUGGCAAUUCAACUGCAGAUUCAGAUUCAACUACUCUAGCAACCGAAGUCAAUAAUUCUACAGAAAGUGACGAAAAUAAUUCAACUACAACAUUGCAACCAGAAGGUACAACUAUCGCUGAGAAUUCAACCGAUGAUUCAAAUUCUACCACUGAAGAAAUUAAUAUUGAUUCCACAACUUCAACAAACAAUUCUACUUCAGCCGAACCCCAAGAAUCAUCAACUCUAUUAGAUGUAUCUGAUGAUCUUACAACUGAUGUAUUUACAGAAGAAACAACUUCAAUUUCGGAUCUAACGGCUCCAGAUUCUGAACAUCAUUUGAAAUAUACAUACACUAUUACGGAUUCGGACAUAAAUAUUCCUUGCUUACUAUUGAGUGCGGUAAUGACUUUAGAAAUUCGUUAUGAAAUGAUGAAUCAUACCAUGGCUAAUGGAAGUUUAACGAUUCCAAAGACGGCACAAGUAAACGGAACUUGUAGUUUCACGGAUUCAAUGAUGAUAUUAAGCUGGAAAGACGAAAAACAUUUAGAUUCUGAACUAGAUGAGAGUGACCAAAUUGACUCGAAUACUGUCGUCUUAAAUUUCGUAAAUAAAGACAGCAAAGCUUAUCUUGAUAAUAUCGAAACAACUAUUUAUCUAGAUGACGUUAAUUUCCCUUACGCCUUGAAAAAAACUUUGAAAGAAAAGUCAGCCGGAAAUUUACAUCUAUUUGAAGUGAAAGCUUUAACCGAAUACUUAAUUUGUGAUGAACGCACGGAUGUUCAUACUGGAAAUGUUACAUUGACAAUGAAAAAUGUCGCCCUGAUAGCAUUCAAUACCGAUGAAGAAUUAUCGUCCAGAAAAGCUCACGUUUGUGGAAAUGAAGUGACAAUGAAUGUAGGAGCUAUCGUUGGAGGAUUGACGGCUGCAAUUGUGAUAAUUUGUGUUAUUUUAUACUUUAUUUCUAAGAAAAGUAAAAAAACUAGCGUAAAUCUUCCAUAAAUAAUAUUAAUCAUUAGUUUAGGUGUU